CAGGCAGCUGCGCCAAGAUGACAGGAGACAAUACGCACAUAGCGUAGGAAGAGCACGUGACUCCCCGGUUGUUUUAUAGCGAGCACCUUGACAUGGCCAGGAGAGCAGGGCGACAGAGAGGCCAGCUGCCCACUUACUAUGAGGGUUACCUGGAGAAGAGGUCAUUCAAAGACAAGACGUCCCGGAACCUGUGGACCUGCCUGUGUGGAAACAUGCUUUACUUCUUCAAUGACAAGAGAGACGCUGAUUACAUAGAGAAACUGAAUCUCAGUGGAACGAUCUCAGUAAAAGACGACAGCAGCCAGGAUCGUAACCUGGACGCAGCCAGACUCAUCCUCAUGUUGCCAGAUGGAAAUAUCAAAUUCACUGCUCCGAAUACAGAGGCUCGUGAGUUGUGGAAGGGCUAUAUCCUCUCUGUGUCUCAGCUGUCAGUGCCCUCCUCCCUCAACCUGCUACCAGGUCAGUUCCACAUGCUGCAGGAGGCAGUGGAGAAGGAGAAGGAGAGAUUAAAAUGUGUCGCUCCACCUGAGGUCACCUCCAAUUACUACAUCAACCUCGAAGUAGAGUUACCACCUGCUAUAUUCAGUCACUACCGUGUGACUCCUAAACAUGAAGGGGGCUUUUCUAUUGAUGUGGACAAUCCUGUUCCCUGCGGCACACUGCGAGAUGUGAUCAACUACUUGGUGGAAACAACUGAUCGAGCUCUGUCUCCGCUCAUCAUCGAGGAACAGUAUGAGAAAAACAUCUUUUUUAUUCGGUCUGACAAUGAAAAUGGAGAAAAAAGUGUUCAGCAGGCUUUGUCAAAGCUAAAGGUGCCAACUUUGCCACCAAAACCAGUUUAUUUAAAAGUACAGACUCCUGAACAAGCACCAGCGCCAGUUGAGUUGAAGGUGAGAGAGCAGCCAGCUGUCCCUCUGCCAGAGCUAACGAAACUUUCCAACCCCAAACCACCAGUUCCUGCUCCUCGCAAAUUGACCCUGAAUACUUCAGCCUCCUCAACAAGAGAUCUGAGCGGGAGAAGCCACACAGACCCUCUAGGACAGACGAUAUCAGAGCUGAAACUCAAGUUUGAGCAGAAGGCAAAGUGUGAGAAGUUUCCUGGUGGGAGUCUCUGAACGCCUUCACUCACACGAAAAAGGAGCCACCUCCCAGUCUGUCCCUGCACGACGAACUGAUACGGGGGAACAGAGACACGGUGUUUCCACAUGAAUGACUUCGUCCUCUUGUGCAUCGAGGUUCUGCUCCUCCUCUUCCUACUUCUCGCUAGCUGCCUGUCAGCAGAGAGGCCUCUCUGAAGAUUUACACUUUAUUGAUUCACCCUUUUCCAACAAGCAUUAGCAAAUGAAUGGACUGUAAAGAGGCAUGUACCUGUCACAUUAUCUUCACGUUAUUUUCCUUAUCAGUGUUGUUUUUUAGUUACUUCUUUAAAAGUGCCAUUAUCAUGUGCAAUUUCAUAUUUUUUUCAAACAACUACGAACAGGAUGUUCUGUCUGGUUGGCAUGUGAUGUUUAUAUGUAAAUACAUGCAUAGUGUUUCUCUCGAAAUGACUGUCUCUUUGUAUAAGCCACGAGUGAAGGAAGAGAUGAGCUGCUCAUU